UGUAUUAUUUUCUUUCUCCUCGUUGAUUUUCAUUCGUUCGUUACCUAUCAGUUUUCUUGUUUUGUCGAUAAAUUAUACUGCUUUGCUAAAACAAAUACAAUUUUCUUAAGAUGAAAAUAGAGGAGGUUAAAAGUACAGCGAAGACACAAAGAAUUUCCGCUCAUAGCCACAUAAAAGGUUUAGGGCUGGAUGAAAAUGGAAUUCCUAUUCAAAUGGCAGCCGGUCUCGUGGGCCAAGAAACAGCAAGAGAAGCUGCCGGUGUAGUAGUGGAUAUGAUUAGAAGUAAAAAAAUGGCCGGCCGCGCCUUGCUGCUGGCAGGUCCACCAGGUACAGGCAAAACAGCUAUUGCAUUAGCAAUUGCCCAGGAAUUAGGCAACAAGGUACCAUUUUGCCCCAUGGUUGGCAGUGAAGUGUAUAGUACGGAAAUAAAGAAAACAGAAGUAUUAAUGGAGAAUUUCCGCCGUGCUAUUGGUUUGCGAAUCCGAGAGACCAAGGAAGUAUAUGAGGGUGAAGUUACGGAACUCACACCUGUUGAAACAGAGAAUCCAGCUGGAGGGUAUGGAAAAACUGUAUCCCAUGUUAUUAUUGGCCUUAAAACUGCAAAGGGUACAAAACAGUUGAAGUUGGAUCCCACUAUAUAUGAAUCUCUGCAGAAGGAGAAGGUGGAAGUUGGGGAUGUUAUUUACAUUGAAGCCAAUUCUGGUGCAGUGAAAAGACAAGGCAGGAGUGACACAUUUGCCACAGAGUUUGACCUUGAGGCCGAAGAGUAUGUUCCAUUGCCAAAAGGUGAUGUUCACAAGAAGAAAGAAGUAGUACAAGAUGUAACACUGCAUGAUCUAGAUUGUGCCAAUGCAAGACCACAGGGUGGACAUGAUAUUAUGUCUAUGAUGGGCCAGUUAAUGAAGCCAAAGAAGACAGAGAUUACAGAUAAGUUGAGAAAAGAAAUUAACAAAGUUGUAAACAAAUACAUAGAUCAAGGUAUAGCAGAAUUGGUGCCUGGAGUGUUAUUCAUUGAUGAGGUGCACAUGUUGGAUAUCGAGACUUUCACAUAUUUACAUCGUGCCUUGGAGUCUGCUAUAGCACCAAUAGUUAUUUUCGCAACCAACAGAGGUCGCUGCCAAAUAAGAGGGACUGAGGAUAUUGUAUCACCACAUGGAAUCCCGUUAGAUCUUUUGGAUAGGCUAUUAAUUAUCCGCACAUUACCAUACAAUAAGUCGGAAUUAUUACAGAUAUUAAAAUUACGAGCGUCGACUGAAGGCAUAUCUAUAGAAGACGAAGCAUUGUCUGCUCUUUCAGAAAUCGGCGCAAAUAGUACUUUGAGGUACGCAGCGCAGUUGCUGUCGCCGGCGGCGCUGGCUGCCCGCGCGGCCGGCGCAAAUCGCGUGGGCCCACCGCACGUGCAGUCCGUACACGAACUCUUCCUCGACGCUAAGUCCUCAGCUCGCAUCCUCACGCAGCACUCCGACAAGUACAUGAAGUAGAUACGUCACGUGCACAGGUAGAAAGGAUUCUACAGGUCGGAUCUCUUUUGAUCAAACUUUUUAUUUCUUGAGGUGGAUCUUAUACUACAGCGAACGAAUUUUUAUUAUUUUGUUAAACAAUUGCGAUGUAUUAAUUGUACCCCCACCCCCACCUGCAAUACCAGGGUAGCAAAUGAGUUGUUGGCCUUUGAAGGUUUCAAUAUUGUAUCGGUUCGGAAAUAUUAGGAGGGUAUUUUAGUUUAUAUGUGGAUUAUUGCAUUCAAAAUUAAAAUCACGAUAUGACAUGCAUUAUCUGCGACCACCAGUUACGUCAUCGCUGAGACGAGGCGGUCGAAUUAUUUGGGUAUCACCAAUUCAAAGCGAAAAUCUGCUACGUAGUUG